AUGCUCGUUCAUCUGCUCGUUUGCACGAUUUUCACAUGUGUUUCUGGGAUCAGCUACCAGGAUCAGUACUGCUCACAAUUUUUGACCUGCGACAGCUGUGCAGGACGACAUCAUGACAGUGAAUUCACAGAAUGCGUGUGGUGUCCAACAUGGAACUCAUGUGUCUCCGUAGACGUGAAAUGUCGUACUGGAUACAGGGAACACGUAGAUUGCCCGCUUCUUUCACUGACGCAGUAUAACGAAACAUUCGCUCGUGUCAUUGGAACUCCUCUCAUAGCAGCCGCCCAGGGCACCUUACAGAAAUGCAUCUCCACCCUACCCGGGAAUGUGCAACUACUGAAGAGGUUCGCCAUUAGGACGGACAUGGGCGAACGUACAGAUGGCUAUGUCGCUAUUGACUACACAAGUCACGCUAUAAUCGCAUCUUUUUCAAGCGUUGCAACGGGAAAUAAACUGUUUUACACACAUUUCAACGCGGAAUUUUUCACAAACAGACAAGCUCAGUUCGAAGGAUCAGAUGGGCUCGUGAACAGGUUUCUAUAUGAAAGUUGGUACAAACUCUGGUAUAUCCUAGGAAUGGAAAGGACACUCCAAGCGGUUGUGGAAAACAAUAAUGACUAUGAAAUAUGGUUUAUUGGACAUUCACUGGGUGGAGCGAAAGCAGAAAUGUCCGUUGUAUCCGUUCUUUUGAAAAAACUUGUCCCCCAGAAUAAAGUUCGUCUUCUGACGUUUGGAGCAACAAGAGUUGGUGACAUGUCGUUUGUGAAUCUCAUCGAGGCAUUGGUGCCUUAUCGUUUCCGAAUUAUUCAUGGACGUGAUAUGGUCCCACGUUAUCCGAGGAAAUUCGAUGGCGAAUGGACCCCACCUCAUCAUCAUCGCUACGAGGUCUGGUACCCAAACGGGAUGGGCAUCGGAGCAAAAUAUUUUGUUUGUCUGGGAGCGGAAGAUCCACAAUGCAGUUCUCGACUUUCGCCCUGGGAAAUACGUGCCGCUGAUAAUGACAUAUAUUUCGAAAGGAGUAUGCAGUACUGGGCCCAAUCGUACUGUAACGACAGUGUAGUUUAUCCAAAGCCUCGCCCAAUGCAGUUUGCUAAUAUUCGAGAACCAGUAUAUGACAUGUCCACCGUAGGGACGACGUCGGCUACUACGGCAACUAUUCCCGUUACAAGUGUGCAUCCGUUCAUAUCUAAGUCUUACUUUACUUCUGAGGACGUACCAACUAUUCCAUAUGAAGUCACAACAAAAAAAUCAAGUGCUGCUGAAUCUGUACGGACUACAACACCAUGGGUCAAGCCAACAACGACGGCAACGACGACGACGACGACAUCGAGUCUAAGGACAGUUCACAUUACUAUUCCUACAACAAGGAGUACAACCCCUCCACCAACGGCGAAGCCAUCCUCUGAAGUGCCGCAUGAAAAGCCAUCGAAUGAUACUUCACCGGAAAACUCUCACAAGUCGAAAACAAGCUAUACGGCAACUCCACUGGCUACGAACGACACGAGAUUAUUACCAGAAGGUCAUGAUCUAGAAGGUUUGCUCUAA